ACAAACGGCUGAGGAGAAUCUUCAGAAGAAGGACUCGAGGCGGGCAUCAGGACAUACAUGCACGGGUCAUCGCUUUCAUGACUGCUGUGUUCGCUUAAUCCUAAAGAAAAUGUCGGAUUCAAUGUCGAGUUUUCUGCACAUAGGGGACAUCGUGUCCCUCUAUGCUGAAGGGACUGUGAAUGGCUUUAUAAGUACUCUGGGGUUGGUAGAUGACCGCUGUGUAGUGGAACCAGCAGCUGGAGACCUGGACAACCCUCCCAAGAAGUUCAGGGACUGUCUCUUCAAGGUCUGUCCUAUGAACCGGUAUUCUGCUCAGAAGCAGUUCUGGAAAGCCAAGCAGGCCAAACAUGAGAAAGACAAGAUUGCAGAUGUGGUACUUCUUCAGAAACUGCAGCAUGCAUCCAACUUGGAACAGAAGCAGAAUGAGACAGAGAACAGGAAGGUUCAUGGUGACGUAGUUAAGUACGGCAGCGUCGUUCAGCUCCUGCACAUGAAGAGCAAUAAGUAUUUGACAGUAAAUAAGCGCUUGCCGGCCCUGCUAGAGAAGAACGCUAUGCGUGUCACUCUGGAUGCUACAGGCAACGAGGGCUCCUGGCUGUUCAUCCAGCCGUUCUGGAAGCUCAGGACAAAUGGAGACAAUGUGGUGGUUGGUGACAAAGUCAUUCUGAAUCCAGUCAAUGCAGGACAGCCUCUGCAUGCCAGCAACUAUGAGCUCGCUGACCAUUCUGGCUGCAAAGAGGUCAAUUCUGUGAAUGGCAACACUUGCUGGAAGAUCAACCUGUUUAUGAUGUUCAGUGACCACAAAGAUGAAGUUCUUAAAGGAGGUGAUGUAGUUCGACUCUUCCACGCAGAGCAAGAGAAGUUUUUAACCUGUGAUGAGUACAAAUCCAAGUUGCAUGUUUUCCUGCGUACAACGCUGCGCCAGUCUGCUACCUCAGCUACCAGCUCUAAUGCUUUAUGGGAAGUGGAGGUGGUGCAUCAUGAUCCCUGUAGAGGAGGAGCAGGCCAUUGGAACAGUCUCUACCGCUUUAAACAUCUGGCAACAGGCAACUACCUUGCAGCAGAGGAGAACCCUGGCUACAAAGGGGACAGCAGUGAAGUGCAACAAGUGACAGACACCGAGAGUAAAAGGAGCAAUAAGAGGAGCAUGGGUGAGAGGAUUAAAUAUAAGCUGGUUGCGGUGCUUCAGGGUAAUGACAUUGCCUCCCUUUUUGAGCUGGAUCCCACUACACUGCAGAAGACAGACUCAUUCGUACCAAGAAACUCUUAUGUGCGAUUACGUCACCUGUGCACAAACACAUGGAUCCAGAGCACCAAUGUGCCCAUUGACAUCGAUGAAGAGAGGCCUAUUCGUUUAAUGCUGGGUACUUGCCCCACAAAAGAGGAUAAAGAGGCUUUUGCCAUCGUCUCUGUGCCUGUCAUGGAGAUUCGAGAUUUGGACUUCGCUAAUGAUGCCAGUCUCAUGUUAUGCAACAUGGUGGAAAAGUUCAAUUCUGGUUUCAUCAGUCAGAACGACAGGAGGUUUGCCAUUAAGCUGCUGGAGGACCUGGUGUUCUUUGUGGUGGACCAGGUGAACAGUGGGCAACCUGUGCUGGAUGUGGUGAAUAGCAAACCUAACCGUGAGAGACAGAAACUGAUGCGGGAGCAGAACAUUCUCAAACAGAUAUUUGGAAUCAUAAAGGCUCCUUUUAAAGACAAAGGAGGGGAAGGCCCUCUGCUGAGGCUGGAGGAACUGUCUGAUCAGAAGAAUGCUCCCUAUCAGUACAUGCUCCGACUGUGCUAUAGAAUCCUCCGCCACUCUCAGGAGGACUACCGCAAGAACCAGGAGUACAUAGCCAAGCAAUUUGGUGUGAUGCAGUCUCAGAUUGGCUAUGACAUUCUGGCUGAGGAUACAAUCACAGCUCUGCUGCACAACAACCGCAAACUGCUGGAGAAGCACAUUACCAAGACUGAAGUGGAGACGUUUGUCAACCUGGUGCGCAGAAACAGGGAGCCUAGGUUUUUGGACUACUUGUCAGACUUGUGUGUAUCGAAUAACGUAGCCAUACCAGUGACACAGGAGCUGAUCUGUAAGUGUAUGCUGGACCCCAAAAACCAGGAUAUUCUAAUCAAAACAGAGCGACGAACCCCUAAGGAGAAUCAUCACCAUGCUGAGUAUAUUGAAGAUUAUGGAGACGAGGAUGAGGUUUGGUUGAUAUGGAUGGAUAAAGCUAAUGAGACUCAGGAGAAAAGCAUACGGGCACUUGCCCAAGAAGCCAGACAAGGAAAUGCUCACGAUGAGAAUGUAUUAACAUACUACAGGUACCAACUAAAGCUUUAUGCACGUAUGUGCUUGGACCGCCAGUAUCUGGCUAUAGAUGAAAUCUCUAAGCAACUGGAUGUGGAGCUGAUUUCCCUAUGUAUGAUGGAUGAGGUUCUUCCAUACGACCUGCGGGCCUCUUUCUGUAGGCUCAUGCUACAUGCUCAUGUGGACCGCGACCCUCAGGAACUCGUGACACCUGUAAAAUUUGCUCGGCUCUGGACUGAGAUCCCCACGUCCAUCACCAUCAAAGAUUAUGAUUCUCAUAUGGACUACUCGAGGGACAACAAGAAGAACAAGUUUGCCAACACAAUGGCUUUCAUGGAGGAUUACCUCAACCUUGUUCUUCAUGAUGAUCUACCAUUUGCUGACGAGGAGAAAAAUAAACUGACAUACGAGGUGGUGAGCCUGGCCAGGCAUCUAAUAUACUUUGGCUUCUACAGCUUCUUUGAGCUGUUGAGACUCACACGCACUCUUCUUGGUAUCAUUGACUGCAUUCCCAAUCCUGCUUUGGUUGCACCUAUGAUCCAUGAUGAUGGCAGCAGCAAGAACAUACGGCGUUCCAUUCAUGGAGUGGGCCAGAUGAUGUCCACCAUGGUGCUGAGCAGAAAGCAGUCCAUAAUCUCUGGUCCUUGUCGCCCCAUCAUUGGUUUGGAUGGGCAGACUCGCACCAAGGACAGUAUUGACAACCAUGAUAUUACAGUCAUGGACACCAAACUGAAGAUCCUAGAGAUUUUACAGUUCAUCCUGAAUGUGCGGCUGGACUAUCGGCUUUCAUUCUUGCUGUCUGUCUUUAAGAAAGAGUUUGUGGAGGUGUAUCCAAUGGCAGAUGCAGAUGCUGUGUCAGCAAUGGAAACUGCAGCAUCCAUCAACUUACAAUACAUAGGAGAGCAGGCAGAGGCUAUGUUUGGAGUUGGGAAGGGCAACAGUAUUUUAGAAGUGGAUGAUGAAGGUGGGCGAAUGUUUCUACGUGUGCUUAUCCAUCUCAUCAUGCAUGACUAUCCUCCACUGGUCUCAGGGGCACUGCAGCUCCUCUUCAAACACUUCAGCCAGAGACAGGAGGUCCUACACACCUUCAAACAGGUCCAGCUCCUAAUUUCUGAGCAGGAUGUGGACAACUAUAAGCUCAUAAAGAGUGACCUGGAUCACCUGCGCAUGAUGGUGGAGAAGUCUGAGCUCUGGGUAGAUAAGAAAAGCAGCUCAGGAGGAGAAGGAAAAAAAGAUAAGGGAGAGGCUGCUGCUAAUGAGCUUCCAGUCUCCCAGAAGGAAAAGCGUGAGAAGAGCAAUGAAAACUACCAAAAAGUCAAAGAGAUUUUGGAGCGUUUGAAUAGGAUGUGCAGCUCUGGGGUGUUUAAGAAGCAGCAGAGGCUUCUGAAGAACAUGGGUGCCCAUAAAGUCAUGCUGGACCUGCUGCAAGUUUCGUAUGAUCGGAAUGACAAGAAAAUGCUGGAGAUCAUUAAGUUCACCCACCUUUUUCUACAGAAGUUCUGCAAUAAGAAUCCAGAAAACCAGGCUCUCCUCCACAAGCACCUAAACCUCUUCCUUACCCCUGGAAUCCUAGAGGCAGAAACAGUGCAGCAGAUUUUCAAUAACAACUACCUGCUAUGUACUGAGAUCAGCGAGACGGUGCUCCAGCACUUCAUCCACUGCCUGGCUACUCAUGGCCGGCAUGUGCAGUACCUUAACUUCUUGUACACCAUCAUUAAGGCUGAGGGGAAGUAUGUGAAGAAAUGCCAGGAUAUGAUCAUGACUGAGUUAACAAAUGCAGGAGAUGAUGUGUUGGUCUUCUACAAUGAUAAAGCGUCCUUUGCCGCAAUGCUGGAGCUGAUGGCCGAAUCUAGAGAAGGCGUGCAGGAGAGCAGUCCGCUUCGCUACCACAUUUCCCUGGUGGAGCUUCUGGCUGCAUGUGCUGAGGGCAAAAACGUCUACACUGAGAUCAAAUGCACCUCACUGCUGCCCUUAGAGGAUGUGGUUAGAGUCGUGACCCAUGAGGACUGCAUCACAGAGGUGAAAACUGCCUAUGUGAACUUUGUGAACCACUGCUAUGUGGACACAGAGGUGGAGAUGAAGGAGAUCUAUACCAGCAACCACAUAUGGAACCUGUUUGAGAACUUCAUUGUAGACAUGGCCAGGGUGUGCAGCAACCGUGAGAAACGUGUGCAAGACCCUGUGCUGGAGAAGUAUGUCCUCAAUGUGGUCUUAGACACAAUAAAUGCUUUUUUCAGUUCACCUUUCUCUGAAAACAGUACUUCACUUCAGUCUCAUCACACCAUAGUGACUCGGUUGCUGCAGUCAAGCAUGCGUCUGCUGGACUGUACCUGGCUUCAGCAGCAGCAGAAGGGACUAGUAGAGAGCUGCAUACGGACUCUAGCCAUGACUGCUAAGAGUCGUUCUAUCUCCCUACCCAUGGAGCUGGAAGCACACAUCAACAUGAUGCUGAACAGUAGUGCAGUCAACUCUGUCAGUCGCCCAAAACCUGGUUACAAGAACGCCACACUCACUGCUCGACCUGCUAGCUCUAGCAGCCCCUGGGACUAUAAGAACAUCAUUGAAAAACUACAGGACAUCAUUAACACUCUGGAAGAACGACUGAAGCCAUUGGUUAAUGCGGAGUUGUCAGUAUUGGUUGAUGUUCUCCAUCAGCCUGAGCUGCUGUUUCUAGAGGGCACUGAUGCUCGCAUGCGUUGUGAGUCUGGAGGCUUCAUUUCCAAACUGAUUCAACACACCAAGGCUCUGAUGAACUCUGAGGAGAAGCUGUGCAUCAAGGUCCUCAGAACUCUGCAGGAGAUGCUGAUUCGCACUCUGGAUUUCGAUGAGAGGGGGAUUGCCUUGAGAAAGGUAUUGCUGCAGAACUACCUAUUUAACAACAAAAAGGCCUUGAAAAGUGAUCUAGCUGAACUCGGAGCAGGAGGUGGAGAGGCAGAGAGAGACUGGGUUGCUGUGGCUGCAGUGCAGUGUCGUCUGGACAGAGAGGGAGGCACAAAGCUGUUCACAGACCUCAUCAUGAGCACUAAAAAUGAUAAAAUCUUCCAAGAGAGUAUCCAGCUAGCCAUCUGUCUGCUAGAAGGCGGCAACACAGAGAUACAGAACUCAUUCUACAAACUGAUGAUGGGUGACAACAAGUCUGAGAAGUUCUUUAAAGUCUUGAAUGAUCGCAUAAAAAAUGCUCAAAUGGACAUCAAAGCCACCAUUUCAGUUAAUGUGGGUGAAAUGAGCAACAAGGCCAAAGAUGAAAAAGAUCUGGAUCCAGCAGCAUCCCAGUCAUUGGCAUUUCAUCCAGGCACAGUGGCUCAGUUUGGACAUCACCCCCCCAUUACCCAAUCCCACAACCUGGCUCCAGCUCACCAAACAGAGCAACAGGAGGUAGAGACAGAGAUGGGCCCCUCAGUGGUCAUCAUGAAGCCCAUUCUGCGCUUCCUCCAGCUGCUCUGUGAGAACCACAACCAGGAUCUGCAGAACUUCCUUCGCUGUCAGAAUAACAAAACAAACUAUAACCUGGUCUGUGAGACACUACAGUUCCUGGACAUCAUGUGUGGCAGCACCACAGGAGGCCUGGGCCUGCUGGGCCUCUACAUUAAUGAACACAAUGUGGGUCUGAUCACCCAAACCCUGGAAACGCUCACAGAGUACUGCCAGGGACCAUGCCAGGAGAACCAGACGUGCAUUGUCACUCAUGAGUGUAAUGGCAUUGACAUCAUCACUGCGCUGAUUCUGAAUGACAUCAGCCCUCUGUGCCGCUACCGUAUGGAGAUGGUGCUGCAGCUGAAGGACAAUGCCUCCAAGCUCUUACUUGCCUUGAUGGAGAGCCGCCACGACAGCGAGAAUGCAGAGAGGAUUCUGUUUAAUCUUCGACCCCGAGAACUGGUUGAAGUUAUAAAGAAGGCUUACCUGCAGGAGAGUGAGCAUGAGGGGGAAGAGGUGUCACCCAGAGAGGUUGGACACAACAUCUACAUCCUGGCUCUACAGCUGGCACGGCACAAUAAGAUUCUCAGUCACCUGCUAAAACCACCAAAAAGAACUAAGGAAGAAGGACAAGAGGGCAUCUCUUCUAUGCUCAAUCUGAACAACAAGCAGUUCUCCCAGAUGCUGAAAUCCUCUGUUCCAGCUGAGAUUCAAGAGGAAGACCCUCUGGACUUCUACGACCAUCAUACUGCUCAGAUCGAAAUUGUUCGUGAUGACCGCAGCAUGGAGCAGAUUAUAUUCCCUGUCCACCCCAUCUGUGAGUUCCUGACGGAGGAGUCAAAGUUCCGUGUGUUCAACACCACGGAGCAGGAUGAGCAAGGAAGCAAGGUCACACACUUCUUCGAGCAGACUUCCUUCCUACACAAUGAGAUGGAGUGGCAGAAGAAGCUGCGCAGUAUGCCAGUUCUUUACUGGUUCUCUCGGAGAAUGACACUGUGGGGCACCAUCUCUUUCAACCUGGCUGUUUUCGUCAACCUCAUCAUCGCCUUCUUCUACCCAUAUGAUUCUGGUCAAAGUGCCAUUGAUUCUUCAAUGUUGUUAAUGCUGUUCUGGUGCUUUGCUGGACUGUCGAUUUUGGGUCUGUUCUCUCAGCGCUAUGGACUCCAGCCCCUCACCCUUGCUAUCAUCCUCCGCUUCAUCUACCACUUUGGCAUCGGUCCCACUCUCAUUCUGCUCGGAACUCUCAACCUGAUCAAUAAGAUUGUGUUCGUGGUGAGCUUUGUGGGUAAUAAUGGCACGUUUAUCAUGGGUUACAAAGCCAUGGUGAUGGAUAUGGAGUUUCUCUACCAUCUGGCCUAUGUGUUUACUAGCACACUGGGGCUGUGUGUCAACGAGCUCUUCUACAGCAUACUGCUGUUUGACUUGAUUUAUCGAGAGGAAACACUUUUCAACGUUAUCAAGAGUGUGACACGCAAUGGGCGCUCCAUCCUCCUCACUGCAGUGUUGGCCAUUAUCCUGGUCUAUCUGUUCUCCAUUGUGGGUUUCCUCUACCUCAGAGAUGACUUCAUCAUGGAGGUGGACUAUCUGUCUAAUAGCAACACAGCUUCUGAAAGUACUGUUGGCAGCUGCAGUGCAGAUAGAACAGACUGCACUGAAGAGACUGGACUUCUAGCACCAUCACAAGAAGAGGAAGAUAAUACAGAGCGUGCAUGUGACACUCUGCUGAUGUGUAUUGUCACUGUGCUGAACCAUGGGCUACGAAAUGGAGGAGGAGUAGGAGACGUCCUGCGCAGACCCUCAAAAAAUGAGACUCUGUUUCCAGCACGAGUGGUGUAUGAUCUUCUCUUCUACUUCAUCGUCAUCAUCAUCGUACUGAACUUGAUCUUCGGUGUGAUCAUUGACACCUUUGCUGACCUGCGUAGUGAGAAGCAAAAGAAAGAGGAAAUCCUAAAGACCACUUGCUUCAUCUGUGGUCUUGAGCGGGACAAGUUUGACAAUAAGACGGUGUCUUUUGAAGAGCACAUUAAGUUGGAGCACAACAUCUGGAACUACCUUUACUUCAUUGUGCUGCUGCAAGAGAAGAACAAAACAGACUACACUGGUCCAGAGAGCUAUGUGUCUCAUAUGAUAAAAAACAAGAACCUGGAUUGGUUUCCGCGCAUGCAGGCCAUGUCUCUGGUGGUGACUGAUGGGGAUGGGGAGCAAAAUGAGAUGAGGAACCUGCAGGACAGGCUUGCGGCCACCAUGAAAGUGGUCACUCAGCUUACCAGCCAGCUUGCAGAGCUGAAAGAACAGAUGACAGAGCAGAGGAAAAGGAGACAGAGGAUGGGCUUUGUGGAUGUUCAAGCAGGCUCCAAUGCCUCCCUGCCCCCCAGUGCAGCUGGAGGAAACCACCAGAUCUACAAAUCCUAAUACUCACACUGGCUUCUCACAAAUGAGCAUGUGCACCUUUAGUUCUACCCCCAGUAAAAAUGUGAUGCUGAAAAGCUGACAUGUAUAUAUUUGGCUGAUGGGUUUACAGUUGGUGUAUUUUACUGGUUUACAAAUAUUUCCGAAUGUAUGAGGUGAUCAGGUUAACUUUCAGUUGGUAGCACUGAAUGAGAUAUAACGUUACAGGUUUUAUGAUAAAGUAAAAGAGUUUAGCAUGUCCAUGUAGGAAGGGUGUUUUUUGUUUUGCUUAUUUUAAAGGGAAAAAACAUAAUAUAUUUUAAUGUAAUUUUUACUGAUUAACUUGUGUGUGCUUUAAGAAGACCAAGUAAUCACCACACACCAGUAGGUGUGUUCACUAUACUUGAUGUGAAAAGCUGAAGUGCCUAAAGCUACAAAAAUAUGUACUUCUUUGGCAAAUUAAGUGAUUUAACUGUUUAAGUUCACCCAUAGCACAGUCUUGAGCAAGGGUAACUGCGUGUUACAGAUCUACUUAUACAGUACGCAAUGUACAUAAUCAUUUAUUGUGAGCUUUCUCUUCUUUCUUUAUUGGUAGGGAAAAACUGAAGCUUUGAUUAUAAGGGUUUUUUUUCUAUUUAUUCAGAAUUUAUUUACAUAAAAUCCCUUUCUAAAAAUGCAGGAGGUGUCCAGGGCCUGUAAUGGUCAGUGCUAGUUACCCAGCAGCUCAAAAGAAUGUGUGUAGUCAUGAAGGACUGUCUGUGUUUUGCACUGAAUAAAACUGUGGAAAUUUCA